UGUCAAUUACACUUACAUUGUGCAGGUGCAAAGCUGGUCCAGAGCUAGCUGCUGCAGUGAAGCUGAGGGGAAAACACACUUUUCACGAUGGCGUCUGCAAAUGCCACGUUUGGACAGAAGGAGUCCUCCGACCAGAACUUUGAUUACAUGUUUAAGAUCCUCAUCAUUGGCAACAGCAGCGUGGGAAAAACUUCGUUCCUCUUCCGCUAUGCAGACGACUCCUUCACACCCGCCUUUGUCAGCACGGUGGGCAUCGACUUUAAGGUCAAGACCAUCUACAGGAAUGACAAGAGGAUAAAGCUGCAAAUCUGGGACACUGCUGGACAGGAGCGAUACCGGACAAUCACCACGGCCUACUACAGGGGAGCCAUGGGCUUCAUCCUCAUGUACGACAUCACCAACGAGGAGUCCUUCAACGCUGUUCAAGACUGGUCGACCCAAAUCAAGACGUACUCGUGGGACAACGCUCAGGUGCUCCUGGUGGGGAACAAGUGUGACAUGGAUGACGAGCGGGUGGUGGCGUCGGAGAGAGGGCGGCAGCUGUCUGAGCAACUGGGGUUCGAGUACUUUGAAGCCAGCGCUAAAGAUAACAUUAAUGUGAAGCAGACCUUCGAGCGGCUGGUGGACGUCAUCUGCGAGAGGAUGUCGGAGAGUUUGGAUAACAACGACCCGACUAUCACCGGAGCUAAGCAGGGGCCUCAGCUCAGCGAGCAGCCCCAGAGGUCCCAUCAAGAUUGUGCUUGCUGAACACGACAGCGGACACACACACACACACACACACACACACACACACACACACACACACACACACACACACACACACACACACACACACACACACACACACACACACACACAUUCACUCAACACCUAAUGCUGUUUCAAAAUUGACACUUUUUCUUUUUUCUUUUUUAUUUAUUCUUGUUAUUUACUCGGUUGAAGUUUUGCUUUUGUUCAUGUUUAUUCAUGUGCAUUUUCUACCCGUGAACACUGCCAUACAUAGACCGAGCCGGCUGCGCUAACGUUCCAGCCCCAUUUCUGCAUCCAGAUCUGCAAAGAUGAUAUUUUCAGCAAAGCACGGAUUCAGUCUGAAAGGUGGAGGAGUGUAACAGAAGGGUGAUGCCCACAUAUCUGUCUUUCACAUUUACACGCACAAAAAACGCGUGCAAACACAAGUGUAGAUGCAAACAUUAAACCCGUCAAAGCUACAACAAAACGGCUCGUGCGUCCGUAACCGGGGCCAACCACAGGUCCCACUCAGCACAUCAGCCUCAGAUUUUAAUUCAUACAAACACGUGCAGGUAUCAUACCUGUCGCCCCUCUGAAAAGGUGUUUUUGCUGUGGAUAGAACUUUUUUUAGGUUUAGUUAUGAAUCUGUGACCUUGUCAGCGUAUGUGAUGGACUUUAUACAAAUAUAUCUAGCAGCUAGGUUUGAUGUCGGAACAAGGUGGGCUGGAUUUUUUUAUCUUUGUAAUUUAAUAAAUUAUUCAAAGCGUUUUUUUUUUUUUAGUCAUCCAUUUUGGUUCUUAAGUUAACUUAUUAUUCGUAUUGUUUUAAAUUGAAGUAGAGCUCAAUCUGAAUUUUAAAGAAUUUCUAUCAGCAUUGAGCCGCAGCGUCCGCUAAAGGAUUUUUAAGGAAAUGUAAAAGGAAACCUGACCUCCUUCACCACACUAUGUAGAUUUAAAAGUGUAUAAGUUGAUAGGUGUGCUUUUUGAAGUGUAUACAAUUAAAACAUCCAUAUAAAAUUGACGUGAAAUAAUAAAGAUCACCUGGGAGUUGGAACCAUGUGUCAAGUGUGACUCGCAGACGUUCAGGACAGAUGCUGAUUCAGCAGUGUGUGUGAGCCGUUAUCUGAACUUAAAAUACAUCCGUCCUACCGUUUCCCUUCUUUGAAGUACCAAAAGGGUUUAAAUGUUUCGGAUGUUAGACCCCUUGUUUUAUUAACUUUAACUGUAAGCAUGCAGAAUCCAACGUGUAUUCACUAGAAGGACAACUAAAGAUCUCUCCUCCGCAUCGACGUCCCUAGUUUCUCACAUAAAUCAGACUUCUGUCUUUAUUUUUCAUGGAACGUGUCGUUUUAAAGCUCGUAAAACAUCAGAUGUAGUCUUUUUCUUUCUCCUCUAAUCACGUAAAGGACUUUUCUGCUCUUGUGUGCAGCGCAAACCUUCUGUGAGUCAUACACUCACAGAUGCGCUGAAGCAUGUACGAAUAGCUUUGCUCAAUUAUUUUGUAUUAUUUAUUUAACUUUUUUUUUAAAGGUAGUUUUCAGCACUCGACUUUUUAAAGAGAUGUUUGUGUAGUAUUUAAAUGCCUAAACUGUCAAAGCUUUUGAAUUCAAGUGUAUUUGUGUUUACAUUGCAGAGCGUACAAAGAUUAGGAUGCUGCUUCAGCGCGACGAUAAAACAUUCCAGUGUAAGAGCCUAUUAUGGUCUGGUAACAAGUGUGGUUGUCUCAUCAUCUAUUUGUUAGGUUGUAUAACCUAAAGUUGUUUCUUUCUAUGUUCAAAUAUCAAGCAACUCUACAAUACAGAAUAAGGAUUAUAUCACAAGUACGGUUGCUAUGAAUGUGCAGUUAAUAUAUACAAAGAGAGUAUUUAUUAUUAUUAUUAUUAUUAUUAUUAUUAUUAUUCUAAAGGUUUGAAAAAUGUUUUAGGCUGAAGGCGAUGCUUAUUGGACAUCAUAUAAGUCAGGAAAAUGGGUUGUGGAGGUUAACGCAUCCUUCAUUGAAAAGUUAAUUAAAUGUCAUUUCUUCUCAUAUCUUACUGUUUUUUCUUCUUUCGUCAUCUCACAUAAUCGUUUUGCAACAAUUGUAAAAACCUUGUUGAAAACUUCAGAAUCCAUUAAUCCCGUCACGAAUGUCUGUGUCCUCCUACUCCCUCCAUGUCAGAAAUAGCUGUAAAUACAAACGUCCUCCCCAUCAGGUAUUAGUUGUGUGAAAUGUGCUGUAAUUCUGUGAUAUCAGGUUUAUAAAACAGGACUCAAUAAAGAAAAGUCAAGCAGGACUUUGUGUUGGUUCAGCUGUAUUUCACAUCGGUCUUCAUGCUGAAGCGUUCAUGUAGUCACGAGCAGAAAAACAUGGACCCGCAACUGUUGGAUGACGUUUAUUCGGCUCUUUUAUUUUGAAAAAACAUGACAGGAAUGACACACGGCUAUUUAGCUGCUCACUGCUCUGGCUUUGUAAAAAAUGCCUCAGAUUAUUAAAUAAAACAGUUAUAAAUUA